AGUUUAAUCAUUUCCGCCUUGAAGAUAGUAGUCAGACGGGGCCCCUGAGCAGCAGCAUUCACCGGUAGGAUUUGAAACAGUGAUAAUGUCUGCACCGUGCAUGUGCUCUCACAAUUUCAUCCCUUGAGACGUUUCAAAACGGGACAACUGGUUGUUACGCACAGAUAUUUGGUGAUAAUGAAAAAGUAAACACCUUCCUUAUCACUCCCACCUCUACAAACUGUCUCAGACACCACGGGCCCUCGAACCCAAACACAAUCUUAGCACACCACAGAGCUCUUAAAGAGACUUUUCCCCGACGACGGCCCUGACCAGAAAGACGUUCCACCCCCUCGCCCCCGUUUGCUUUAUCAAAUGCCCAAAAACAGCAAGGCCGUCAAGAGAGAGCUUGACGACGAUGUCACAGAGUCUGUCAAGGACCUGCUUUCCAACGAGGACGCCUGCGACGAUUCCUUCAAGAAGAGCUCGCUGAUCGUCGACAACCAUGACGGGGAAGGGAAGGAGUGCGACGUGGAGGAAGGCGGCUCGGACGGCGAGGAGGAGGAACGCCCGGCCUGGAACAGCAAGCUCCAGUAUAUCCUGGCCCAGGUUGGCUUCUCUGUAGGCCUGGGCAACGUCUGGAGGUUCCCCUACCUGUGUCAGAAGAACGGAGGGGGAGCGUACUUGGUGCCCUAUCUCAUUCUGCUAAUACUGAUUGGCAUCCCGCUGUUCUUCCUGGAGCUUGCAGUGGGGCAGAGAAUCCGCAGGGGCAGCAUCGGGGUGUGGAACUACAUCAGCCCUCGGCUGGGGGGCAUCGGCUUCGCCAGCUGUGUGGUGUGCUUCUUCGUGGCCCUCUACUACAAUGUCAUCAUCAGCUGGAGUCUCUUCUACUUCUCCCAGUCCUUCCAGCAGCCUCUGCCGUGGCACGAGUGUCCGCUGGUCAAGAACAAGACCAGCACAUAUGUUGUGCCAGAGUGUGAGAAGAGCUCGGCAACCACCUACUACUGGUACCGCCAGGCCCUGGACAUCUCCGAUGACAUCUCGGAGGGCGGAGGACUCAACUGGAAGAUGACGGUGUGCCUGCUGGUCGCUUGGUCCAUGGUCUGCCUCGCCAUGAUCAAGGGCAUCCAGUCAUCUGGGAAGGUGAUGUACUUCAGCUCCCUGUUCCCAUACGUUGUGCUCAUCUGCUUCCUGGUUCGGGCCCUGCUCCUGAAGGGCUCCCUGGACGGGAUUCGCCACAUGUUCACGCCCAAGCUGGAGAUCAUGUUGGAGGCCAAGGUGUGGCGAGAGGCAGCGACGCAGGUCUUCUUCGCGUUGGGUCUCGGCUUUGGAGGCGUUAUUGCCUUUUCCAGCUACAACAAGCGUGACAACAACUGCCACUUCGACGCCGUGUUGGUGUCCUUUAUCAAUUUCUUCACCUCAGUGCUGGCCACCCUGGUGGUGUUUGCCGUGCUGGGCUUCAAAGCUAACAUCAUGAACAGCAAAUGUGUCGCUCUGAACACCAACAAGAUUGUGGCUUUGUUGGGGAACGGCAUUGAGCAUAGCCUUAUUCCUCACCACAUCAACCUCACUCAGGUCAGUCAGGUCAGUGUGGAGGACUACCAUCACAUGAUUGAGAUCAUCAAAGGGGUGAAAGAGGACGACUACCAGAAGCUGGGACUGGAAUCCUGCAGCAUUACGGACGAGCUCAAUAAGGCAGUCCAAGGCACAGGCUUGGCCUUCAUUGCCUUCACAGAGGCCAUGACCCACUUCCCAGCUUCGCCCUUCUGGUCCGUCAUGUUCUUCCUCAUGCUGGUUAACCUCGGCCUGGGCAGCAUGUUCGGCACCAUCGAGGGCAUCCUCACUCCGCUGAUAGACACUUUCAAAGUGCGCAAGGAGUUUCUUACAGUGGGAUGCUGCGUGCUGGCCUUCUCCAUCGGUCUCCUGUUCGUUCAGCGCUCAGGGAACUACUACGUGGCCAUGUUCGAUGACUACUCGGCGACUUUGCCUCUGCUCAUCGUGGUCGUACUGGAGAACGUGGCGAUCGCUUGGUUGUACGGGAUCGAUAAAUUCUUUGAAGACCUGAAGGACAUGCUGGGCUUCAGGCCGUACCGGUUCUACUAUUACAUGUGGAAGUACAUCACGCCCAUCCUGCUGCUGGUUCUCCUGUGCUCCAGCUUCAUCCAGCUGGCCAUGACGCCACCCAGCUACAGUGCCUGGAUAGAGGAAGAGGCCGCGGAGAGGACCUUGCGCUUCCCUCCGUGGGGCAUUGUGGUCUGCAUCUCCCUGGUGGUGAUGGCCAUCAUGCCCGUGCCCGUGGUCUUCUGCCUGCGCUACUUCAACAUCAUCGACGACAACACCAGCACCACCGUCUCCUACAAGAAGGGGCGCAUCAUCAAGGAGAGCGCCCGCCCGGGGGAGGACGACGACACCAGCCUGAUCCACGGCAAGUCUCCCAGCGAGGCCCCGUCGCCCAUGCCCGGCAACAGCAUCUACCGCAAGCAGAGCGGCAGCGGCGGCACUGACGCCGACACCGCGCCCAACGGCCGUUACGGCAUCGGCUACUUGAUGGCCGACAUGCCGGACAUGCCCGAGUCGGACUUAUAGACUGUAAUAGCCUGCACGGCCAUACCGGCUGGCCACCUCCACCCUCCACCCCUCUGCGUGCGUCUAGUCAGCUGUUAUCAUCAGUGUAUAGUUCACAUGUACUAUAUAUUCUUUGUAGAUAUCGUAGCUGCUCUCUUAUUUGUUGUCUCUGAACCUUACAUGACUGUCUACCAUAAAAAAAAAAAAAAGGGUUGUAAUGUGCGCCACCCUUGUCUAAUCCCCCUUCCCCUUUGCUUGGCUGUGUCACAAACUCAUUUCUAUCCCCUGCGAUCUUUGCUCCCUCCUCCUUGGAGAUCCUUCGGGAGAGAGUAGGGGCAAGCAAUAAGGAGGGGGCCGACUCGAACGACAAUCUGCAAAGAGGAGUCUGCAAAGGAGCGGGAGUCGAGAGGUCUUCUUGGGACAGUGUCCGUCUGUGUGCAGCGUAAAUCAAGUCCUGCUGUGUAAAAUAGCCGUGUACAUUAUGACCCCUGACAUAUGAUGUUAUGCUGGCCAACAACUACCGAGACUAAACGGCUCAGCUCUGCAAGAUAGAACAUAUUUUUUUUUCUCUCGGCAAAAGUUCAGGUCGGCUUUGACAGCUACGACCUUUAAAAACCACUCCCGUGAUUGUCUGAGACAAAAGUGUGCCUAAGUAAUUUAUAUUUGUUUAUAGAAUACACAAUGGACACUGUAUAUUUAAAGUAUUCUGUAAAUACAAUAUAAAUAUUAUAAAUAUAUUUAUCUUGUUAGUUUGGAUAUCCGACCAGUGUUUUUAAGGUUCAGACGUACUUCAAAUCCUUAACUCUUGUCUCUUUGUUUUUUUUACUAAUGUGCUGUCAAUGUUAUUGAGGACUGAGUCCUCGCUCUCCUGUUGUAAAUAUAUUUUUUCCAUUAAUUUGCUUCUAAUACGAUGUCUUUCUCCCCGAUUAAAUUAAAGAGCCGAUGUGUUCCAUACCCUGAAA